AGACUUUUUCAUGUAUCAUUCCGUAAAGCAACUGUCCGGGAAUUAAAUAAUUAGGAUUACGCAAAACGACUGAAAUGGAUGAAAUAAUCUGAUGGAUUUUUAAAUGAACAGCUGGAUCCUACUUUGGUGAGCCUUCCCCCUCUACUCUUGUUGCGCAGAGGAUAGUGCUUCGCUGAAGUCCUUUGGGAAUAGAGCACAGGGACGGAUCGACAGACGGUUGCAACAGGUGCAAACUGUUCCCGAGCAUCAUCGCUGACCUGUCAUUGAGGACAUCUCAUUGAACAGUCCUACAACAUUUUCACAUUUUUGCGGGUGACCGUCUCGUGCGUCACGCUCAGAAUGCCUGUCCUGAUGAGUCCAGAGAUCGCCUCCAAGUUUAAGGAGAAAUGUCUGAAAUUACAGCCGGAGAACCAGGACACCGCAGCCGGGUCAGAGCACCUGGACGACAGCCUGACCAGCCUCCACUGGCUUCAGAACUUCUCCAUCCUCAGCACUAACUCAGAAAGAUCCACCGGCACCGGCUCCGGUUGCCCCUCACAGCACCUGGUCUCCUACCACCAGCGCCUGUACCCCCCGGGCACCGACUCCCCUUCUAGCCCUCCAGCAGGGGACACGGCCGCUACCGGGAUGCCUCUCUGCCUCGGGAGCCCCGUUACCUCUGGCAGUAACUCCACCGACGCGCGUUUGGUGAAUUAUCCACACCACCAAACCACAACCUACCCUCACCUCAACCACCACAUCACGCAGAUCAUCCCACCAGAGGAGAUUGACUUUAAAACGAACCCCAAAGUCAAACCUCCUUAUUCCUAUGCCUCUCUCAUCUGUAUGGCCAUGCAGGCCAGCAAAAAGCCCAAGGUGACUCUUUCCACCAUCUAUAACUGGAUCACAGACAACUUCUGCUACUACAGACAUGCUGAGCCCAGCUGGCAGAACUCUAUCCGCCAUAACCUCUCGCUCAACAAGUGCUUCAUGAAAGUUCCACGGCAGAAGGAUGAACCAGGGAAAGGAGGCUUCUGGCAGAUCGACCCUCAGUAUGCUGACAUGUUCGUCAACGGAGUCUUCAAGAGAAGGAGAAUGUCCUCCAGCCACUACAACACCCACAGGCAGAGCAAGCUCCUACACAACCAGGAAACUGGCUACCACAGAGCCACUCAGCAGGGCCAAGAUGGCUACCACUACCAAGGAGCUGGAGCCGGCAACAAGCGUAAACAACCUUCUCCAAGGCAAAACAGCAAGAUGGCGGGGACACCCAAAUCCCCACUGUUAGCCACAGAGGCCCACAGCGCAGAUGUAGUUCUGAGGGGAGACUUUGACCUUGCAUCUGUGUUUGACGAUGUCCUUAGUGGAAACUGCAGUACAUUCGAAGACCUGGACAUCAACACUGCUCUGAGCUCCCUGGGCUGCGAGCUGGAUCUGACCCUGCAGGAGAGGCACUCUGUCGGGCUGGGGAGGUGGUGUGGAGAGGGGGACAACCAGACCCAGAACCAGACCCAGACCCAUGACUCUUAUGGCUACAUGGAGCUGAGUGGCUCAGUGGGAUGUAAUAGUAGUAACAUUGGGAACCUUUACAUUCAACAACAGCAGCUGAACCAGGAUCAGUUGUUACAGACCCACCUGCUCCAGUUUGAGGAGGUGACUCUGUUCCCAGAGCAGCAGGAGGUGCACCCCUGGGAGGAGAUGAAGGAGGAAGUGCAGGCCAUCCCUCAGACUCUGGAUCAGGGCUUUGGUCUGUGUGAAGGAUUCUUCUCAGAGAUACAACCCUGGGAGAGGGCUGAGGCCUACCUGUGACAAACCAACCACUGUUGAACCAAUGCUUACGCCACCCCUUAGCCAAGGGAUUCAGGCCCUAGCCACGACUUCCUUAUAGUAAAUGCUGGGACAGGGGAUUCAGGAGACUGCUGGUCAUUCAUGCAGUUCCUUCAGACUAUGGUUAAAGACUGGGUUGUUGUGGUUUGAAGGAGCAUGUUGUAUUUGUUUCACAAGACAAUGAAACACUAUUGGUCAUACCUUCUGCUAUGUGCUCCACACUCCAAACAGAUAUGCACUCUGUUGGCUUGUGGGGCAGACCUACAUACAGACAACUAUUUUUCUACAUUAGCCUCAUGAAAUCUUAUAUACAUCAAAUGUAUUUUUUUCUUGUUUGUUUUUGAGAGAUCUAUGCUGUAUGUUUAUGACUUUAUGAAGAUCUAUAUUUCUGGUUUGAUCGCUGACUAGAGAAGUCAAUGAAGUCAAAUGCAGUACUUAGUGUUGGGUCAUAGUCAAACCUAUUGAUCCAAUUUCAAUGUGUUUUUCAAGUAAUCAAUUUAAUAUAUAUAUAUAUAUAUAUAUAUAUAUCGAUUAGAGUGGAACAACAAAUCAGUGAUACUGGCUCCGGGGUUCAGAGUUGAUUUUGACGGCUGUAGAAGGUGUCCAAUUGAACUAGCUUCAGGUCUUAGCUAUAAAUUAAAUAUGGCCAUGUGUCGUGUGUCAUAGGCUAUGGCAAAGCAGAAAGAGGGACAGAAAUGAACUGAAAUGAACUGAAAUGCCUCAAUCAGAAUACCCAAGCAUAUGCACUUUGAGUGACAACAGGUAUGUUUGAGGAUAGAAAAUAUUUCUGCUGUGCAUCAGAAUGCUAUUUUCCCUUGUUCCAUAAAACAUGCAAUGUCACAGAUUCAGCGUGCACACACCAUCAUUUGACAGCAACACCACAGCCUUCGUAGGCACUGACGGUUUUGUUCAAGUUUUCAAGUUUUCUGACAAUCUUACAUUUGAUUGAACUCUAUUAAUGAGUCUGUUCAGGAUAUACUGAGGAAAUCUGCAUUCUCUCACUGGGUGAUUGGCUUCCAUUUUGUGAUAAUGAUUACUGAUUUUUGAUUGAUUACGUCAAACCACGAUAAAUAUAUAAAUUAACAACAAUGGACUGUUUUUGAAAGGAUGAUUAAUUUAAAAUGGUAUGUUGUUUGGGAAAACAGAUGAACCAAUGAAAAGGCUUGUGCUCUAGAAAGGUUUGAUUUUCUUGAGUUAAUUGUGAAGAUCAGAUCAACCUUUAUACAAUGUCUUCAAUGUCAUUCUGUUGUUUUUAUUUGUACUCUUAUAAGUUGUUAAAAAUGCAAUCAUGCCUCAAUGCAAUAAAUGUUGUCAAUUUA